AUGGCCACCCUGCUGCCCAAACCUGUCGACCCAGAAGAGGCAGCCAAGCGGGAGAAGGCGGCCAAAACGGAGGGUGUCUUUUUCCCCGGAUCCGACCUAGAUGAGGUGGCUAAACAUUUCAUAGGAAACAUUCACCGCUAUCGAGAAAACAUUAUCAUACCGAAAAUGUACGGAGUGGUGCAGAUAAAAACCAACGAAGAAAAGCUCGUGGAAGCCGCUUUCGAAAGCUGUGCGUUCAAAUCGUUCAUGAGCUGUGUGUUGGGGUACGGUUUGGGUGCGGCCAUUGGACUGUUCAGCUCAUCGGUCAAUCCCAGUAUUGCCGACCCGAUGGCCGGCGAAAAGCAACAAACGGCGAGAGAAAUUUUUCGCGAAAUGCGUCAAGCUACGCAUUCGUACGGCAAGAACUUUGCCGUCAUCGGGGCAGUGUUUGCGGCCGUCGAGUGUGCAAUUGAAUCGAAACGUGGCGUCUCGGACUGGAAGAAUGGAACCUAUGCCGGAGCCGUAACGGGAGGAUUGAUUGGCUUGCGAGCUGGAGUGAAAGCUGGAAUAAUCGGUGCAGCUGGUUUUGCCGCAUUCUCCACAGUUAUAGAUUACUACAUGAGGCACAGAUAA